GUAGAGUUAUAGCGCCCACUGUUAGCACUGUUGGCAAUGAAUGGCAAAUGUGUGACAAUUGAGUCAAACGGUUGUCAAACACUUGUAUUAAUAUUAAUGAAAACAAUUGAUUGAAUCAAAUGUUUUGAUUGUUUGUAUUGAUUAUCAAUUGUUUACUAUAUUUCAGUGAUGUUUGUAUUGUUCUGUCAUUUAAUGAUUCAAUUGAUAACUUAAGUCAAUAUCAUAUUAACUAAUUGUUGACCACCGAUGACGACAACUCAUCAUUAAUUGAUUAGACAAACAUCACAACACUUCCAUUGAAACUCGUAUUUGGGAUCAAAUUAAUGAGUGAUUCAAUUGUCACCAAACAUAAUGAGUCUCGACUUAGGCUUUACUUUGGAUGACAUUAAGUAUUAUCUUCUAUCCAAUGAUGGCGUCGUUGAGUACCACGAGUUAGUCAAAGCUUUCAGACAUCAUCUGUCCAAACAAAAUACACAAAUUGAGGCCCGAAAAGCGUUUGCAGAUUAUGUCAAUCAGUUGGCCGUCGUAUCGAACAAACAGGACAACAAGUAUUUAGUAUUGAGACCACAGUUUAGAAAUAAUUUACAAGAAAAUGUUUACCAAUCGAGGAUAUCUUCACAGUCACCACAAACACAAUUACAACCACUAUCACAAACACACCCACUAUCACAUCCACAACCAUUAUUACAUCAACAGCAACCAACUCUUCAACGACAUGAAUCAAUUAACAGUAUUGGUCUUCCGGUUUCUAUGAGAGAACCACCAAUUGGUAUACCAGUAGUUGAGAGCCGACGGCCACAGCCGCCUAAGCAACUAAACAUUCCACAAAAGAUGCCAUUAAUGGUCACUCAGCCGAAAGCAAGAGUUGACCAAACUAUGAAUAACCGUCCAAUUGUUACUGCUGUCCGUCAAAUGAGUUUUAGUUAUCCGAGUGAUAGUUGCGAAACACCGCCACAGCCUCCGCCCCGCAGACGCAACAGUGCUGCGAGUAGUGGUAAGGCUAAGACACCAAUUGAAGAACGACUCAAACAUUUUGAUGACGAAAGAAAUGGUGAUAAGUAUUUAGGAGAGACCACCGCUGACUCUCCCUCCCAUCAAAUAGAGAAGCUAAAAGAGAUCCAUGAGCUAUCCAUUCAAACACCCGGUCGGGUCAAAGAGCGCGCCCAAAAAAUUGACAAAAUGGCAUCACUUACUGAAUUAAAACCUCCAAUGCCAGUCCAACCCAAUAUUAACAACAAUGUCGCCAACACAAGACCAAAGUCUCGCACCGGAACUGCUAAAAGUGAUAAAGACAGCGAAGAGACUGAUUCGGGUUCAAUGCAAACGUUAGAUCCGUUGCGCAAGAAAUGGAUUAUUUCUGCCUCUAAUUGUGAUUACAAUUCACUUGUUUUGUGUCUUAAAGAAGAGCCAAAACUCAGUGGUUAUAGAGAUUUUACAAAUGGUUACACAGCCUUACACUGGGCCUCAAAGUUCGCCAAACCUGAUAUCGUUAAACUCAUUGCUGGCUCUUAUGGUGUCAAUCCUAACAUGAAGUCUCACGGAGGCUAUACUCCACUUCAUUUGGCAGCUAUUAAUCAAAACGAAGAUAUUAUGGAACUUCUCAUCAAAACUUAUAAUGCCGAUUCCUCUAUACGUGAUAACAGCGGCAAACGUCCCGCACAGUACUUGAAGCAUAAAAAGACGAGUAAUACCAAUGGUGUUGGGAAGCCAUCAAACGGAGUGAUAACCAGUCAACCGAAUAAUUUUGGCCCAAACCUAACCGCUAUUCCCAAAUCCAUAGCAGCCCGAAUUGCAUCCGAGUCUUCGUCAUCAACAACUAAUUUUAUACGAAUCGGGAGUUUGAAAGCGGCCUCAAAAGUCAAGAAAAUUACGGGAAUCGGUCCUAAAAGUUGGGGAUCUGUUGAAAGCAUACCCGAAAAUAAUAAUGUAAACAAAAAAUCAAAGAGAAAUAAGAAAAACUCUAAAAGAUUGUCAACACCUGAACGUCAUAAGGACUCCGACUCUGACAGCACUUAUGGAUUUCAAUGACCGCCCUUUUGUUGUCUUAUUUAUUACAUUUAGUGUUAAUUUGUUAAGUAUUUUAAUGAAUUGGAUCUUCAAUA